AUGUCUUUGCUGGCGUCCAUCAUCAAGCCUCUCGCUUACAUCUCCCUCCCGCUCUUCGCCCUCAAAUCCUUCGCCGACUCCAGCCCCAUCGCCCGCUACUAUGUCCGCGUCGGCCUCUUCCUCUCCUCCCUCGGCAUAUGCUCCAUAUGGGGCGUCAUCUGCUCAAUCGGCCUCGGCCUCUCAGGCCACCGCUUCAACGUCUUCUACGUCGUUGCGCGCAGCUUCUACCACCUCACCAGCCACCUAGUCAGCAUCACUCUCGUAGUCGAAGGCGAGGAGCACCUCGAGACGCGCCCCGCGGUUCUCGUAGGAAACCACCAGUCCAUGUUCGACAUCCUUUACCUCGGGAGGAUCUUCCCUCAGCGCGCAUCCAUCAUGGCAAAGAAGGAGCUCCAGUGGUCCCCCCUCCUCGGCCAGUUCAUGACCCUUGCUGGUGCCGUUUUCGUCGAUCGCGGUAACAACGCACGCGCCGUUCGCUCCCUCACCGCUGCAGGGGAGAUCAUGAAGGAACGCAAGAGCUCCCUCUGGCUCUUCCCGGAGGGUACGCGCUCCAUGCGCCCGUACUCGGACCUGUUGCCCUUUAAGAAAGGCGCCUUCCACACCGCGAUCCAGGCUCAAGUCCCGAUCGUCCCCGUCGUGUGCGAGAACUACUGGAGGUUGUACCGGAAAGACGUCUUUGAGAGCGGCACGCUCAAAGUCAAAGUGCUGCCGCCCAUCCCCACGGCCGGUAUGACCGCCGCGGACGUCCCUGCACUCGCGCUCCGUGUGCAUGACUUGAUGGUUGAGACUCUGCGCGAAAUUUCGGCCCCACCACCACCGGGGAUGGAAGGACCGAAGGCGUCCCAGCCCGCCACGUCGCCCUCCCCACUCCCGAAAUCACCCUCGGCCACCCCCGCUCGGCCACCGCAGCCAGAAUCGACCCCCGGCGAGCCAGAACAAGCCAGGACGGAGAGCCGGGCGUCGACAAACACUUCAGAGAACUCGGUGACGUCCUCGCCUGUGCUCACGCACAGCCGGAUGGAGGGAAGUGAGUACGGGACGGAAACGGAGGAGGAUGACGGCAUGGUGCUUGUGGGUCGACCGAGCCGUUCAUGA